ACCUCGAAUCUAGCCUCAAUAUUCAUGACAUUGUUUUGCGCUCUUCGUUUCAGAUCGAUAUCUAUAGAAGUCCAAUUGUUGGUAAUCAUUUGUGAAACAUUCUCGAGUUCACAGUCUCUUGUUAGACCCCGGCAGGCCUCCCCGCAGUAUCGUCGCAUCCGCGCUGGCUUCACUUCUGUGCGAUAGCGAUUGAGAAAUUAACUAGACCAACAGCUUGCUGCAUCCACGGAAAAGUCUGACUGCUCUGCAUCAUCAGUGACCCUCAUUCAUGCCGAUCUACUCGCGCGAUCCCGAAUACAGCCUUUGAAGAGGCAGGACAAGGAUUCAGAAAUGUCGACAAAGCGGGGUACAUCAACAACAAAGGGUCGAGAUGACUCUGGACGUCAAGGAACGAGCAAAACACAGAAAAGCUCAAUUCUGACUCCUACCACUAUGGCCAUCGGAGUACUUGCCAUUGGUGUCAUGAUUCCCUAUAGUCUCGGCCUCUUCGGUGAGGCUCAGGCAAAGCCUACUGCCAUUGACCCUGCCAAGCUACCAGCUACGGCCCAGAUAAUCGACCAGAAAAGCUUCAAUGUUCUGGAGCAUGUCCCUCCACCGAAAGAAGCCAAUGCUACUACUAGGUUCCUCUGGCCAGGAGUUACCUAUGAAUCCCUUACUGAACGACCAUUCCAUGUUUAUGAUGCGGAGUUCCUCAAUAUAAUUGGAGGCAAUCCAACAUUGACUCUUCUCGCUACUUCAGAGAAAGAUCCCAUCUUUCAUGAAGCUGUUGUAUGGAACCCUCCGACUGAAGAAGUUUUCUUUGUACAGAACGCAGGUGAUCCAGACGCUGGAACAGGACUUGCAAAGUCAUCUGUCAUCCAAAAGAUUUCUUUGGCCGAAGCUGAAGCUCUGAAGAAUGGAUCGCACACGGAGAGCCAAGUCAAGAUUACGGUCGUUGACUCUGAUCCCCAAGUCAUCAACCCCAACGGUGGAACGAACUAUAAGGGCCAGAUCAUCUUCGCAGGUGAGGGGCAAGGCGAUGAGAUACCUUCAGCUUUAUAUCUGAUGAACCCUGAAGCACCGUACAAUACUACAAGGCUUGUGAACAACUUCUUUGGCAGGCAAUUCAACUCCCUUAACGAUGUCUCUGUCAAUCCACGCAACGGUGAUAUUUACUUCACAGAUACCAUGUAUGGCUACUGGCAGUACUUUCGUCCUGUGCCUGGACUGCAAAACCAAGUCUAUCGCUUCGACCCAGAUACUGGAGCGUUGACCGUUGUUGCGGAUGGCUUCGUCGCUCCAAAUGGACUCACUUUCUCGCCUGAUGGACUUCACGCUUAUGUUACAGAUACUGGCAUAAGCAAUGGACUAUUCGGGCAGAACUACACUCGUCCCGCCUCUAUUUACCGAUUCGAUGUACAAAACGAUGGUACAUGGGACAACCGUAAGACAUUUGCCUUCACAGCAGCUCGUCUACCUGAUGGAAUUCACUGUGAUUCUAAAGGCAACGUCUACGCGGGCUGCGGCGAUGGCGUGCAUGUCUGGAAUCAAUCCGGAAAGCUUAUUGGGAAGAUUUACACAGGAAUCAAUGCAGCCAACUUCCAAUUCGCUGGUAAGGGACGUAUGGUUAUCAUGGGGAGGACAAAACUGUUCUAUGCUACUAUUGCUGCUUCUGGAGCACCAUUAAGUUGAGCCAUUGACAUGAUCCGGUGUCUUGACACAGGAUCUUGAUUUCAGAGUGAAGCCUCAAUUAUAGGCCUCCUGCUGCUUGGCUCUUUUACGAGGCUCGGAGAUACAAUAUUUCAUGCGCAAAAUAACAGGUUUCUGCGUGUUGAGGGAGUUACAUAGACAUGGAAUAGUAACUGAAUUACCAGAACAAGCCAGGAAGUUGUCAAUAUCAAG